AUGCGAGAUCUGAGCGGUUCCGUUCUCCCAGGGCUUCUCAGGGCUGGUGUAGCGAUCUUUGAUCUUGAUUUUGAUGCUAUCCUUACUGCUAUGUAUGUUGUGGAUUAUAGUGAGGAGAAUGAGGGUUACCGCUGUUUCCAGCCCGACCCGGGCAUUGGUACUGCUGCGCUAGGUGCUUGUGAGGCUGCUGCUCUAGGUGCCAGUGCGUCUGCGCUCUCAGGUACUGGUGAGACUGCGCUCUCAGGUACUGAGUCGUCCUCGUCCUCCCUCACUUUCACACUUGACUCCGGAGCUUCUCGCUCCUUCUUUCGAGACCGCACUACCCUUACGCCGCUCGGCCGGCCGGUUGCAGUCUCCCUUGCUGACCCCUCUGGGGGUCCUGUCCUGUCUCACUUCUCCACUGUCCUCCCGUGUCCGGCUGCCCCUUCGGGCACCCUGUCGGGUCUGUACCUUCCCUCGUUCUCUACGAACUUGGUGAGUGGAGCGGACCUGCAGGAUGUGGGUGUUCACCAGUUCACUCCUGCGAGUCAGCGGGUGACCCACUGCACGGAGGCACGCACAGGCCGACACCUGGCCACGUUCUCGCGUCGGCCGGGGUCGAGUCUCUACACCCUGACCGUUGAGUCUCCUCCUGUCCCUGCGUCUGGUCAGGUGGCUGCGUCGGGUCAGGUACUUGCUGCUGCGUCCCGGUCAGGUCCUGAGUCUGCCCCCUGUUCUUGUCGCCUCCUGUCUCACGAGACUCUCCUGUGGCACCACCGUCUUGGCCACCCCUCCUUGCCCCGUCUUCGGAGCAUGGCUUCCCGUGUCCUUGUCUCUGGUCUUCCCCAGUCUCUCCCUCCUCUCCCCUCCGGGCCAGGACCUUCCUGUGUCCCCUGUGUCGAGGGUCGCCUCCGGGCUACUCCUCACUCCUCCCACUUCCCCCCGACAGAGGCUCCCCUGCAGACGCUUCACAUGGAUGUGUGGGGCCCAGCCCCCGUCCGUGGGCAGGGUUACGAGCGCUACUUCCUGUUGGUGGUUGACGACUACUCGCGUUACACCACAGUCCUCCCCUUGCGCAGCAAGGGUGCGGUCACUGAGGUGCUGAUCGACUGGAUCCGCGAGGCUCGUCUCCAGCUCAGGAAGAGCUUCGGCUCGGACUUUCCUGUUCUGCGUCUGCACUCUGACAGAGGCGGAGAGUUCUCUUCUCGCCUUCUGCGAGACUACUGUCGUGCACGGGGGAUCCGCCAGACCUUCACGCUUCAGGACUCACCACAGCAAAAUGGGAUUGCUGAGCGCCGCAUUGGCAUGGUCAUGGAUGUCGCUCGUACGUCCAUGAUGCAUGCGGCUGCCCCCCAUUUUCUGUGGCCGUUUGCGGUGAGGUUGGCGAUGCGUCUGUGUUCCGUGUCUGGGGAUCUCGGGCGUUUGUCCGCGACUUGUCUGCGGACAAGCUGUCCCCUCGUGCUGCUCCCUGUGUCUUCCUUGGCUUCCCCAUCUGACGCCCCAGGGUGGCAGUUUUACCACCCCUCCUCUCGUCGUGUUCUGUCCUCCCAGGACGUCACGUUCGACGAGUCAGUCCCCUUCUACCGUCUCUUCCCCUACCGCACUCCUUCCCUCCCCCCUCCCCCGGACUUCCUUGUGCCGGUUCCCCCCCCGGUAGACCCCCUCCCCCCUCAGGUUCCUGCCCCCUCAGGUGUGUCCCAGGUAGACGCCGUUGACCCGGUCGAGGUUACUGGUGACUCUGGUGCUGCUGCGGGUGCUGAGCCUGGGGGUGCUGACUCUGGGGGUGCUGUGCGCGGGGGUGCUGGGCCUGGGGGUGCUACUGCUGGGGGUGCUGGGCCUGAGGGUGCUACUGCGGAGGGUGCGGAGCCUGGGGGUGCUGAGCCGGGGGGUGCUGUGCCUGGAGGUGCUGGGUCUGGGGGUGCUGGGUCGGGAGCUGCUGAGCCUGGGGGUGCUGAGCUGGGAGCUGCUGAGCCUGGGGGUGCUGCGUCUGGAGCUGCUGAGCCUGGGGUUUCUCCUGCUGCUGCGUCUCGCCGGGAGCCCCUCUCUCCACAGGAGCUGCGCGAGUGGUUCGCUCGCCGCUGGAGGCGUGCUGCUGAGUCUGGAGGUGCUGCUGGAGCUGGAGCUGGAGCUUCUUCGACCGUCGAGGGUGCGGGUGCUGCCGGUCCCGGAGCUGCUGGACCUGCGGGUCCUCCUGGAGCUGGAGCUGCUGAGGGCGUUCGUGCUGAGCCUGCUGCUGUUGGUCCUGCCGCUGGAGGUGUGGGUGGCGCUGGUGCUGUAGCUGAGGGUGCUGGUGCUGUCCCUGCUGAGUCUGGAGCUGCCGCGCGGCCUCGGCCGUACUUCGUUCCGCUCCUGCAGCAGGUUCUUGGUCUUUCUCCUCCAGUAGAGGGUCCACCACCUGUCCAGUCGCAGUCCCUACUGGAGCCUUCCUCUCCACUGCCUGCUCCCUCUCCUUACACUGGUCCUACUGGAGGUCUUGCUGAGCGUCGUGAGCCUGCGUCUCGUCCCGCGUCGCCUGUUCGUGCUGCUCGCGCUAGUGGUCGCAGUUCGCGUCAGCGUCCUCCUCCUGUCCCUGGCACGCACCGGAUGUCUCUGCGUCCGUCCACUGCUCCUCUGCGUGCCCCUUUGCCUUCUCCUCCCGAGUCCUCUCUUCCUGCGCUUGCCGACCCUGAGUCGGACUCUCUUCGCGCUGCGAGUCCUACUGUCACGCGUCUGCUUGCUACUGUCGUUACUGACCCCUCUUUUGAGUCCACUGCUGCGUCUGCUCUAGUCGCUGAGCUCGUUGACUUUGCUGCUCGCUGUCGUCUCAACUACGCUGCUAGUCUUGUUGCUGAGUCUGCGUCUGUCUGUCCUCUGUCCGUCGGGGGUGAGUGUGCUCUUGGCACGGACGUCCUAGAGGACAGGCAGGAGGAGUUACAGUGUCUAGCGGCUGCUUCACCUCAUCUCGCGUCUGUACUGCUUGCCCCUGAGGGAGACCCGGAUGCACUAGACAUCCCGACUCCGCGUUCUUACGCGGAGGCCGUAGAGGGUCCCUACUCCUCUCAGUGGCAGGCAGCUAUGGAUGCAGAGAUGGCUUCCUGGAAGUCCACAGGCACCUACGUUGACGCGGUUCCCCCUCCUGGGGCGAACAUCGUCAGUGGCAUGUGGAUCUUCAGGGUGAAGCGGCCGCCGGGCUCUCCACCUGUCUUCAAGGCACGGUACGUUGCUCGUGGCUUCAGUCAGCGGCAGGGAGUUGACUACUUUCAGACCUUCUCUCCCACCCCGAAGAUGACUACUCUUCGGGUGCUGCUGCACAUAGCCGCUCAGCGCGACUACGAGCUUCACUCUCUCGACUUCAGCACUGCGUUCUUGCAGGGUAGCCUGCACGAGGAGAUCUGGCUUCGCCGUCCACCUGGCUUCACUGGGACUUUCCCUCCUGGCACCCAGUGGAGCCUCCGACGGCCAGUCUACGGUCUCCGCCAGGCACCGCGUGAGUGGCACGACACACUGAGGACUACGCUUGCGGCUCUUGGGUUUGCUCCUUCUACUGCUGACCCGUCGCUGUUUCUUCGCACCGACACUUCCCUGCCGCCGUUCUACAUCCUCGUGUACGUCGACGACUUGGUCUUUGCCACAGCGGACACUGCUGGACUCGCCUACGUGAAGUCCGAGCUGCUGAAGAGACACACGUGCACAGACCUGGGUGAACUGCGCAGCUACCUUGGCUUGCAGAUCACUCGGGACAGAGCACGCCGCACCAUUACCUUGACUCAGUCACACAUGGUGCAGCAGGUCCUUCAGCGCUUCGGCUUCACACCGGAGCACAUGGCUGCAGCGAAGAGGGUAUUGCGCUACCUGUGCAGUACGUCGGGCAUGGGGCUAGUGCUUGGAGGGCGGAGUCCAGUGGUCCUUACCGGCCACGCGGACGCUUCUUGGGCUGACGACCAGGCUACGCAGCGGUCGUCACAGGGUUACACCUUCAGCCUUGGUUCCGGCUCUGUCUCGUGGCGGUCUACUCGCUCGUCUUCAGUUCUCGGCUCCAGUUGUGAGGCUGAGAUCUACGCCGGGGCCAUGGCUGCACAGGAGCUUCGCUGGCUCACCUACCUGCUGACUGACCUUGGAGAGCCGCCUCGUUCUCCUCCAGUGCUGUUCGUAGACAACAAGGCUAUGCUGGCCUUGUGUCGAGAGCAGCGCUUGGAGCACAGAACGAAGCACAUUGCUCUCCGCUACUUCCUUGCUCGUGAGCUGCAGCAGCGUGGUCAGUUGCGACUUGCGUACGUGGCCUCUGAGGCCAACACUGCUGAUGUGUUCACCAAGGCACUCGCGCCUUGUGACCAUCAGCGCUUUUGCACCCAGCUGGGUCUUGUGCCUGUCUUGCCUCACUUGCUCUCCUCUUGA